CAACACGCGCUGCUUCUUGUGUCUGUGGACAGUGUUGUUAAUGUUAGUGCUAGUAAUAGCAGCUAGUAACGGCUGGCGCGCUCAGUGAGCUAUCGAUGGAAUAUAUUUUAUUGUUUUGAUUUACGGAAUCUCAGGUAAGUUUUAAUAUGCCUUUGCUGGGAAAGAUAGUGGUGAUCAAGAGAAAUGGAGCAGAUGGCACCGAAUUCCCCCUCACUGCGUCCUGUCUUUUUGGAAGGAAGAUGGACUGUGAUAUUCGGAUUCAGCUGCCACAGGUAUCGAAAGAGCAUUGUAAAAUUGAGCUGAAUGAGAACAAAGAGCUCAUUUUGACCAAUUUGAGCUCUGUGAACCCAACCCGUAUUAAUGGACAAGUCUUUAAUCAGUCAGAACGUUUAAAGCAUGGUGAUUUAAUAACAAUCAUUGAUCGUUCUUUCAGGUUUGAGUACCCACCUCCCAAGACCCCGAAGAAGAGGCUGUCUGGAAAAGACAAAACUGUUCAGGCAUUGCAAGAGCAGCAGGAAAAAAGCACGCCUGUGGAGAAGAGGAAGUCAGAGCAUUCCUUUGACACUUGUUUAAAAGAUGGUUCAAAUUUGCCACCCACUGUGGAACAAACUUCUGAGGCAGAGCCUGAAGAUGCUAAACUUAAAAAGGAAAGUUUGUCCCCUUUUUGUGAGCUCUACCAAAUGGUCAAACAAGACCUUGUUGCUAAAUCUCCAUGGAGGUCAGAGCUACCCAAAACACCUCUUGCAAGGUCUCAGCGUCGUGAGGAAAGUCUCACUGCAGAUGCAAGAAGUACUCCUAAACAGCUCACAACCCCUUCCAAGAAGCGAAGAUCCUCAAAAUCCAGUUCUGAUGAUGCAACUAAAUCAACAACCCCUCAGAGCUCAUUUAAUGCAAAUCUGGAAGAUGUUACCUCUGCAGGUGUCAAAAGUACUCCCAAACAGAUAACAACUCCAUCUGCCAAGAAGCGAAGGUCCUCAAAAUCCAACUUUGAGGAUGCUAUUGUACCAGCUACUCCUCAGAGCUCAGCUAAUGCAAAUCUGGAAGAGAAAUCUUCUGAUGUGCAAUCUGUAGGGUCUUACACCCCGUCAGCGACAGAGAAAAGUACAACUCCUGUCUCCCAGAAGAGAACACCCUCGACAACGCCACAUAAGUUCAGUGCUGGUGAGGUAGUCAAGCAAAUUCUCUUAGAGCCACAGCCUGAUAAUACUCCAAAGUCCCCUAAAGGAAGGCAAAGUGGUGUGUCACAGGAUCAGAACCAGCCUCAGACUCCAGGCACAAAUGGUAAAAACAGUGAAGUGAAAAUGUCACCCAGAACGUCUCCAAGGUCAAAUGCUGGCAAAAGGUUUCAGGCCCAAGAUGUUCUGCAGGAGAAUAAGGCUGCAACGUCAGCUUCUAAAAACAAAGCUGACACUUCAAUUAACGAGCAGCUUCAUGGUAUUAAAUCACACACAAAAGUGGUUGUUGCUAAACCAAAGAGGAAGCGAGUGUCCUUUGGUGGUCAGUUGAGCCCAGAGCUUUUUGACAAACGCCUGCCACCUGAUUCCCCCCUCCGCCGUGGAGCAACCCCAAGACACAGUUUGGGACCUUCCCAGAAACCCCAGUCUCUUCUACGACGAGCAUCCACAAUUGGUCUCUUGGGUCUUAGACUUGAUGAAAUCACCACAGAGGCCCAAAAAGCUUCACCCAAACGGUCAGUGAAGACUCCAUCACCUGCCAAAAGGACACCUAGUACCAAGGCUAAAACUCCGUCACCAAAACAAAAAUCACCAUCUUCUGUAGCCAAGGUAUAUACACCAACUCCUGCUACACCCAAGACACCUGCAUCUGCUAGAAGAGCAUCAACAGGUGACAUAUCUUUAACGGAGACACCGAGGGUGCAAGGGCGGUUUUCAAUCUCUCGCAUCAGUACCCCAUCACCUGUCCAGGACCAGGAGGAGAAUGCUGAAGUGCAGUCAGCGGUUUUAGAUGUGCCUCAGAAAUAUGCAACACCAGAGAUACCAUUAAAGAGGAAGAGCAUGAAAUCUUCUGGCAGAAAAACUCCCAAGAGUGCACUUAAAAGUGCACUUAAUGUGAUGCGUUCAAGGCGCAGUGGAGCAUCGCGGGCUAAUCUAAAAGUGUUGACCUCUUGGGCUGAUAUUGUGAAGUUUGGUCAGACCAAACCUCAAAUAGAAGUUGCAACUAAUAAAAAACCUACAAAGAACAACAUAGUCAAGAGAACUGUAGCUCCAAAACCAAAGACACCUUUGCGGAGGCUUAAGGAUGAUGUCAGCACUGGCCAUGCAGCAUCUCCAGCAACAAUUGUUGUUGGCAAAGCCCACAUGAGAAUGAACCAGUUUGUUGGUGCUGCACCUAAAAUAGUCCCCAACAUUGCACUAUUCAAGAAAGAUAUGAAAAUGGAUGAGGAUUUUACAGGUGUUGCAGACAUUUUUAAAACACCAGCCACCAGCAAGUCUAAGAAAAUUGUUGUCCAGAACAAUGAUGAAUGUCCAGAGGUCCUUCCAGAUGAGAGUUCAGUGAUGAAAACACCAGAGGAAUUGGGUGAAAUGAUUGUAUCUCCCUUGAGUGUUUUCUCCACUGCCAAAUGUGGGCGAUACAACAAUGAGGCAGUAACAAGACUUCUUCUGGACAACCAGGAUGGUAGUUUAAUGGAAGAUGAAAGUCAGGCAAGUGGCAAAGAGAACAUUUCAGAUCUAGAAAUCCCAUCUUCUGACCAAACGGAGAAAGAAGAGACUACCUGUGAAAUGAGAAUUGAAACCCCAAAACAGAAAGCAGCUCAAUCCUUGUGUCUAACUGGAGUCAAGCGACUGAUGAAGACACCCAAACAGAGGGCUGAACCACUUGAGGACUUGAGAGGAAAACUUCUGAAGACACCCAAGGACUGUAAACCUUCUCAGGAAGAAAGUCUAGAAGGUAUUAAGGAACUCCUAAAAACCCCCAAAUAUAGAGGAGCUCCAGUAGAAGACAUGGUUGGAGUGAAAAGAGUGAUGCAGACCCCGAAACAGAAAAGCAACCCUGUGUUAUGCGCAACUGGUCUUCAGAGGCUUUUGAAAACACCCCAAACACCCAAAGAAAAGACUGAGCAGCAGGAAGACCUCACUGGUGUGAAAGAACUGAUGAAAACACCAAAAGUAAAGGGAAAACCAGUGGAGAACCAGUUUGGUUUGAAAAGAUUGGUGAAGACUCCUAGAGAAAAGAGAAAUCCAGUUGAAGAGGACCUAACUGGUGUUCAACAACUAAUGAAAACACCCAAACACAAAGGAGAGCUAGUUGAAGAUCAAAUGGGUAUAAAACAGCUGAUGCAGUCUCCUAUAGAGAAGACUGAUGUGAUGCAGUCCCCCAAGCCAAAAGAACCUGCCAGCAGUCAGUCUGGCAUCAGCAGAAUGAAGACUCCUAAAGUUAAGGAAACAUUGGCAGAAGAAGAUUUCACUGAUCUUAAAGAGCUUGUUGAAGAACAAGAGAACAACUCUACCUGCACAGAAGUUGUUGUGACUCUGCCUAAUGAGGUAAAAGAGACCGUUGCAGCGUUGGACGGUGACUAUGCAUUCAUUCCAGCUGAAGCUGAAGCAGUUGAAUCUGUCACUGAUCCAGAGAUUGAGGCAAACAUUCCCAAAGAAAAACACCCAGCUCAGGCUAAUGAGAAAUCUGCAUCGGUUGAAGUCAUUGAAGACUGUUCUUUGAAAGAUGAUAAAAACAUUGGGCAGUCUGAAGAAGUGUGCACCUCUGAUACAAGCUCAACAGUUGAAGCUAACUCAACUUUUUCUACUGCUGUGCAAGAGAAUGAAGAACCAAAUAAGUCUUCAAUUUCCAACAAAAUUCAGCAUGGCCGUCGAGGAAGAGUGGCACAAAAAAACAAAAAUGAAAUGGCCAAAGCACCAGCUUUAUUGUCAUUAAUUGAAGAGCAUAAAAUGACUGAUCAACAACCUUCAAGCCCUUCCAAGGGUAGGAGAGGCAGGAGAGUUCUUGAAGUUCCAGAAAUCACUGCUAGCCCAGUCAGAAAAUCAGCUCGUGGUAGAAUUACUAAGCACAAUGAUGAAGACCAACAAGAAAAGAACAUUGAGGCUAGCCAAGAGCCAGCAGAUUGCAUGAAAAUUGAGAUCUCCGAAUGCUUGCCUGUAGUUACCAAAACCAGGAGAGGAAGAAAAGCUAAACAAGAUGAUGCUGAUGUAAGUGCUGGUGACCAACAAUGCUCUGAUGUACCUGCAACUGAUGUGCCAAUUCAAGUCCCAGUGGUGAAACCUGGAAAAAGAAAGAUGGAUAAAACUGAAAGCAAACCUUCAUCAGAUGUUGUUGACGCUGCAAUUGAACCAGUUUAUGACAUAAAUGCUAGUGUACCACAGGCUUCUGAUGGAUCUGCAACUGAAGAGGUAGUCCAAACACCAGUUGUGAAACCUGGAAGGAGAAGGAAGAUGGAAAAGAUCGAAAGUAAACCUUUAUCAGAUGCUGCUGCAAUUGAAUUCAUUCAUGAUGUCAGUGCUGAUGUCCCACAAGGUCCUAAUGGAUCUACAGUUGAAAAGGUGGUCCAAGCUCCUGUUAUGAAAACUGGAAGGAGACAGAAAGUGGAUAAAUCAGAUAGACAGCCUUCAGAAGAACUUGAAGAGAAAACACCCGAAAUUGUUUGUGAGGGAAAUGAUGUUGCACCAGAAGUUACUGAGACUGUCCCUGCUACUAGAGCUAGAAGGGGAAGGCCAUUCAGAAAGGAAAACCUGAAAACUGAGCCAGCUCAGAUAUUAGAUGAAGUUUUAAGCACUCCUACUGUUUUAGUGGAUGAGAAGCCACUGACAUCUGCAGCAAAAUCAGGACGAGGUAGGAAGGCUAAACAAGAAUCUGUCAAGGACCAAACUUUGGAUGACGAAAUGGUUGAUGGACAAACUGUGGCAGAGGCAAAUGAUGUUAAAGAACCUGAAGCCCCUGUAGUCAAAUCUGGCAGAGGACGAAAGGCCAAACAGCAGAAGGCUAACUUGGUUGAGGAAGUUGACCAACCUACUGUAGAUACUAGCAUAGAUUUACCUGUGACAGAAGAGCAAACCAAAACUGUGGUGAAAUCCGUGAGGGGAGGUAGAAACACAAAGCAGUCAAAGUUGGCCGUUUCAGUUGAAGCUGAGGAGAAGGUUGUCAGUCUGCCUGAACAAGCAGAGGCCCCUGUUCUGAAAUCUGUCCGAAAAAGGAAUGUUAUUGCAAAGGAAACAGAAAUCGAUGCAGAAGUUCCUGUCAAAAGAAGUCGUCGUGCAGUAGCAGAUCCUGUACUACAGGUUGCUGUUGUGCCAAGUCGUGGACGUAAAGCAGUUGUCAAGUCACAGCCUGAAGUUACAGAGGAUGUAGCUUCACCUGAAGAGACCAUUAAGGUUGUUAAAGGCACCAGACGAAGAGCAAAAGAACCUGAAUCAAAGAAAGAAGAAAGCCCCUUGAUACAGGCUAGUUCUGAAAUUGUUGCAGUUUUGCCACUUGAUAAGGUGGAAAGAGUAAGCAGGGGCAAAAAACAGAAGGAUUCAACCAAGGACUGUCCAAUCAAUACGUCUGCCAUAACCGAGGAAGCUAAUGAAACUAAACCCUCAAAAACUGUCAACUGGAACCCAGAUUUAGUUGCUUCUAAAGACAUUGAAGAGUUUGAAUCUACAGCAGAUGUAAUAGAACCACAACUGAAGAAAUCCAGAAGGUUAGUCAAAUCACCAGCUAAGGCAUCCCCGGCUGAAUCAGACCAGUCAACUGAUUUGCCACUCAGAGGCCGUAGAGGGAGAGCAGCAGCAAAAAAAGAAGACCUUGUUGAAGACUCUCAAGAAGAAACUCAGAUGAAUGUCAAGACAACGAGGAAAGGAAAGGCAGUGGCUUCCACGGCAACCAAAUCAGAGCCCAGUAAUGGUAAGGCAUCAAUUCCCCUCAAAAGGAAAAGGAAUGACGUCUUGGAUGUAACUGAGGAUGCCGUAAUUAAGGAACCUUUGCCAAAGAGAAGAGGCAGAGUAACCAAGAGCACUGAUGUUGCUGAAGAGGUCUUAAGUAAAGAAAAAAUACCUGAAGCCGAACAAGAAAUGACAGAGGCCAACCCCAAGACUGCUAAUAGAAGUGCAAGAGGACAGAAAAAGACAGCACAACAAACGGAUCCAGCACCUGCUCAGACUCAAGAACCUGUUUCUGGAUCUAGCACUCGAAAAGGAAGAGGUGUGAAAAAAGUAGAGGAAGUGGACGUCUCUACAGUGGCAGCUCCCGUCAGGCGCACCAGGAGGAAGUAAAGCACUGAUCUUACAGAGUGGUCUUAAUCUAUUCUCUGUGAUCUCUAGUUUUAGUUUGUGUUUGUACCAUUUCAUUAUGGCUUUUCUCUACAUUUUUCAGAGUAAUUUUAGCUGCUUUUUUUAGAGAAAAUGUGUAAACUAAAGAAAUGUUUUUUAUGUUCUCUUAAACUCCUGAAAGGGGUGUUAAAAUGACAGGUGAACAUGGUUUUAAGAAAAUAUUUUACAACUGUUUCAACUCUUGAACUGUUAACUUUUCUCAGAAACAUUUUAUCAUCUAUAUUCCCCUCAUGUUAUUUUCUAUUUGUACUGUAUUAAAAAUAAAACAAUUGAGAGGUGCAUAAUCAGGCUUGCACAGUUGUUGAGCCUAAGAGUAUGUAAUGUGGCUUUCUGGUGAAUGUGUAUGUGACAUGCUCAAGUUUUCAUUAAAAUAUCUUUCACCUCA